AUGGCGUCUGCGAAGAGCAGCAGUGGCGGCGGCGAUGGGGGAGGGAAGGCAAUCGGAAUAGACCUGGGGACGACCUACAGCUGCGUGGGCGUGUGGCAGAACGACAGAGUGGAGAUCAUCGCCAACGACCAGGGGAACAGGACGACCCCUUCCUACGUCGCCUUCACCGACACGGAGCGGCUCAUCGGCGACGCCGCCAAGAACCAGGUCGCCAUGAACCCUGCGAACACCGUCUUCGACGCCAAGCGCCUCAUCGGCCGGCGCUUCUCGGACUCUUCCGUCCAGUCGGACAUGGCGCACUGGCCUUUCAAGGUCCUCUCCGGCGCCGGCGACAAGCCCAUGAUCGCCGUCUCCUACAAGGGCGAGCAGAAGCUCUUCUCCCCGGAAGAGAUCUCCUCCAUGAUCCUCGUCAAGAUGAGAGAAGUUGCAGAGGCCUUUCUAGGGUUUCCCAUCAAGAACGCGGUCGUCACCGUCCCCGCUUACUUCAACGAUUCACAGCGGCAGGCCACCAAAGACGCCGGCGCCAUUGCGGGGCUCAACGUGAUGCGGAUCAUCAACGAGCCAACCGCCGCCGCCAUCGCCUACGGGCUGGACAAGAAGGCGCAGAGGACUGGGGAGAAGAACAUCCUCAUCUUUGACCUUGGCGGGGGGACCUUCGACGUAUCGCUGUUGACCAUCGAGGAAGGAAUCUUCGAAGUCAAAGCCACUGCCGGGGACACCCAUUUGGGAGGGGAAGACUUCGACAACCGCAUGGUCAACCACUUCGCCGCCGAGUUCCGCCGCAAACACAAGAAGGACCUCGCCGGCAACGCGCGCGCCCUCCGCCGCCUCCGCACCGCCUGCGAGCGCGCCAAGCGGACGCUCUCGUCAACGACGCAGACCACUGUGGAGAUCGACUCCCUCUUCGAGGGCGUUGACUUCUACGCCACCAUCACGCGCGCCAGAUUCGAGGAGCUGAACAUGGACCUGUUUCGGCGGUGUAUGGAGCCCGUGGAGAAGUGCCUGAGAGAUGCCAAGCUGGACAAGGCGGCCGUCGAUGAGGUGGUGCUCGUCGGUGGGUCAACGCGCAUCCCCAAGGUGCAGCAGCUGCUCCAAGACUUCUUCAACGGGAAGGAGCUCUGUAAGAGCAUCAACCCCGACGAGGCGGUGGCAUACGGCGCCGCCGUGCAGGCGGCGAUUCUCACCGGAGAAGGUGACCAGAAGGUGCAGGACCUCCUCCUCCUCGACGUUACGCCGCUGAGCCUCGGGUUGGAGACCGCCGGUGGAGUCAUGACAGUGCUGAUCUCCCGCAACACCACCAUUCCCACAAAAAAGGAGCAGAUCUUCUCCACCUACUCUGAUAACCAGCCGGGAGUUCUGAUCCAGGUAUAUGAAGGAGAGAGGGCUCGAACCAAGGACAACAAUCUUCUGGGCAAGUUCGAGCUCACCGGAAUCCCGCCGGCGCCGAGAGGGGUGCCCCAGGUCAACGUCUGCUUCGACAUCGACGCCAACGGGAUUCUGAACGUGACGGCGGAGGACAAGACCGCGGGGGUGAAGAACCGGAUCACCAUCAUCAACGAUAAGGGGAGGCUGAGCAAGGACGAGAUCGAGAAGAUGGUAAAGGAGGCGGAGAAGUACAGGGCGGAGGACGAGGAGGUGAAGAAGAAGGUGGAGGCGAAGAACUCUCUGGAGAACUACGCCUACAACAUGAGGAACACCGUGAGGGACGAGAAGAUGAGGGAGAAGAUGCCGGAGACGGAGAGGGAGAAGAUCGAGAAAGAGGUGGAGGAGACCAUGAAGUGGCUGGACAGCAACCAGCUGGCCGAGGUGGAGGAGUUCGAGCACAAGCUCAAGGAGCUGGAGGAGGUCUGUAAUCCCAUCAUCGCCCGCAUGUACCAGCAGGGCGGCGCCGCCAGCGCGGGCGGCGGCGGCGCUGCUUCGGCCGGGGAACCCUCCGACGGCGGCGGCGGCGGCGCCGGGCCCAAGAUCGAGGAAGUUGACUAA